AUGGACGAGGACGGCGAGGAAGGCGUGGACGAGGAUGACGAGGACGAUGUGGAGGGCGAUGACGAGGAUGACGAGGACGACGAGGAGGCUGGUGACGAGGAUGACGAGGACGACAAGGUGGAGUUCUAUCUCGGUGAGGCGGCCUUGAUGGCGGAGCAGACCGCUAUCCUAGAGUCCAUCCAAGAUGAGGCGUACGUGGAGUCCAACCGGCGCUUCCUUCGGGAAGAACAGGCGAAGACCGAUGUGCUCUUCGACGAGCUGGAUGCGGAGCAGGAGGCGGAGGCCGACGACGUCGAUGUCAGAAUGGAGAUAGUGGACUUCUCCGACGACGGGGAGUAG